AUGAUGGAAUUCAAACUCAAUUGUAAAACAUGUACCUGCAACGUGAUGCUGAGGCCAGGGACAGAGGACUGUAUAUCAGAACCCUACAGUGCUGUGCCACUGAGUGAUACAAGUGGACUGAUAGAAUGGGUUCCAAAUUUGGUCGGACUCAGAGUGGUCAUCACCAGCAUCUACAAGCAGACAGGCAUCGCAAUGCCAGCCAGAAAAUACAAGGAGAUUUGUUGUUCCCGAAAUGAUCCACUGACCAAGAAAAGGGAAGUGUUCUUGAUGAAGCUGUUGCCAUGUCAUCCACCUGUGUUACGGGAAUGGUACUUACGGCAAUUCAGCCACCCCACCAGCUGGUACCUCGCCCGUACCAGUCUUGUGCGCACUCUAUCCGUCAUGUCCAUCGUGGGGUUCAUGCUGGGACUGGGUGACCGUCAUGGUGAGAACAUCUUACUGGACUCUACCUGUGGUGACAUAGUCCAUGUUGACUUCAAUUGUCUCUUCAAUAAGGAGCUAACCUCGGCAAACUCUGACAGUGAACGUUCUGGUUUAGUGCUGGAAGAAAAAAUUGACAAGCUCUUCGAAAUUGUAAAGGGUCUUGUAACUGACAAUCUGCUCCUAAAUGAAAAAUUCGACAACGCUUUUGACCUAGGUAAAUCGAAAAACAUCUUGCCGGGUGAGCGAUUUGAUUGGCCAGAACGAGUUCCAUUUCGGUUGACACAUAAUUUGGUGAACGCCAUGGGACCUACUGGAGUGGAGGGACUGUAUCGUCACUCUUGCGAGAUCACAACACGAGUCAUGAGACAGCAAAUAGAUCAGCUCAUGUCAGUCGUACGACCAUUCUGCUAUGAUCCUCUUGUCUCUUGGAAUACCGACAAGAAUGCUCGUGAUGAGAAUGCUGAGAUGACCAAUGAGAAGGCAUUGGAAGAUAUCCAGAACAUCGAAUCAAGACUGCAAGGAAUCGUCCGAACUCGUAAUAGAGCUCAAUCAAUUCCAUUGUCAGUUGAGGGACAAGUGCGCACUCUUAUUGCUGAAGCCACAAACAUUGACAAUUUGUGUCAGAUGUACAUUGGCUGGGGACCGUAUCUGUGA